AUGUCUUCAAUUUUUAUCGCACUUGCAAAAGGUCUCAAGGGAAAAGUCUUUGAACCUGACAGUGAUGUUUAUGACGCUUCUUUGAAGUCUUAUUUUACUCUUCAGGAAUCACAGCUAAAACCAUCCUUCAUCAUUACCCCUACAUCUGCUCAAGAUGUCCCCCAGGUUCUAAAAUCUUUGAGAGCCAUAAACUCCGAGACCGGUAUUGCUACUAAAGUGGCGGUUAGAGGAGGCGGCCACAGCCCGUUUGCAGGUAGCUCGAAUAUUGACAAUGGCAUCACAAUUGACCUACGAAAUAUUGAUGCCGUUGAAGUGAACGAGAGUAAGGAUAUUGUCUCAGUUGGAGGGGGGGCUAUGUGGGGUCAAGUAUAUGAUAAGCUCGAUGCAAUGGGGCUUUCUGUGGUUGGGGGCCAUGUUUAUGAUGUAGGAGUUGGAGGAUUCACUCUGGGAGGAGGGUUCUCUUCUUUUUCGCCAAGGUAUGGCAUGUGCUGCGAUAUGGUUGAUAAUUUCGAGGUGGUUCUUGCAGAUGGUCAAAUCAUCAAUGCCAAUGCCAAUGCAAAUUCGGACCUCUGGACUGCACUCAAAGGAGGAAGCAACAACUUUGGAGUCGUGACCCGUAUGCAAAAUGAUUGGGACCCAUAUGCUUCGAUGAAGCUGAGCAUAACGUUUUCACCUCAAACGAAGUUCACCAUUGCAUCAAACUUCGAAUACACCAAAGAAGACAGCGCACCCGCUGUAUUCAAACCUUUCAUGGAUAUCAUGCCCCAAUACAGAAAUACAAUGAAGAUCUCGACCCUCGGCGAAACUGCCAGAGACAUCCAGAAAAUGCAAGCCAAUGGAGUUCGUCAGAUCUUUGCUACUACAUCCUUUCAAUUUUCUGUUGCUCAUUUGCAGAACGUGUUUGCUCUCUUCAAGAGUGCGGUUGCGUCUGUGGAAUAUGUCAAAGGUAUGCGUUGGACCUUGACAUACUGGCGUCUCCAUGGCUCAAUUACCGCGAAAUCAGCGGCAUCUGGAGGCAACUCAACAGGUCUUGAUACUUCGCAGGGCUCUCUUGUUCUAUGCAUAUUGACCUACUCGUGGGAAGAUAUAUCUGACGAUGCACGCAUGAAUGGAACAGCUAAAAGAUUUAUCGAGGAAGUUGACGAGUCCAGUAAGAGUGCGGGGUUGUUCGAUCGCUAUAAGUAUGUUAAUUAUUCGGCGGGCUAUCAAGAUCCAAUCAGUGGAUAUGGUGAUGAGAUGAAGAGCAGCCUGCAAGCAGUGAGCAAGAAGUAUGAUCCCGAGGGGUUUUUCCAGACCGGUGUUCCAGGCGGCUUCAAGAUAUCACGUCAUGGCAGUGCUUUCAUGGACAAUGCUAAUGCUCUUUUCAACCGUGGCUAA